AUGGCUUCUUCUUCAACCCCCGUGCAAAGGGCAGCUUCAGAUCGGGAUACUGCCCAGCUAGUCAGGGAACACUCGCACGCAUUCCAGAACAGAUUAACCACAACUCAAACAGAUAGCCCGCCUAUUUCUGAUCCAACAAAUUCCGGUAUAGACACCGACCAGCGGAAGGCAGAGGCAGGGCUUGAGGCACCCAAGCCGGCCCCAGAAACCAAGCCGCCUGUGACAGAGCCCACAGAACCUGCCACAGAACCUGCUCCCGGCAGUGUUCCCACUGUCCGUCAGUCACAAAUCUCAGUGGGGCCCAAGAAUGAGACAGUGGCGGGUGAGAAACGUGACAUUGAUUCGACUGUGACGCCCACUCCGGCCCUAGCUGAGGACAAGGAUGAGCAACCAAAGCCUGAACUGUCGGAUGAGCCUGAGACCAAGAAAGUGAAAACAGAUGAAAAGCCUGUCUCAGAUUCCAAUGGCACCGUUAUUGCUCCUUCUAACACAGAGAAUGGAGCACAGAAGAAGGCUAGUCGGUCCAAGAAGGAGAAGAUCAAGGACGCCGUGAACAAGGUUAUUCCAGGAGAUGGUAUUGGUAGCCGGACUCGCAGCCGGACAAAGGGUGCUUGA